UGUGCGGACACUGCGCGUCGCCGAGUCCAGAGCAAAGUCCACCUUGGCAGGAAGCAUAUGCAGCUUUCUCAGUUUUCUGUCAGUGUUCCCUCCUCUUGUCGUCAUGCAGCAGAGUUCUGCUGAGACUCCAGGCCGGCCAGGAAUCCAGAUGUGGCGGCAGGCCAUUGUGUGCAUUUUAUUCCUGUGUGUGACACCUGCUGUGUUUCACCCGCAGUGUUUGGACUUUAAGCCGCCCUUCCGUCCUCACGGAGACCUGGAGUUCUGCGUCAUGUACAGGGAGUUUGGUUGCUGCGAUCAGCAGAAGGACCAGGAACUGAUGGGCAGAUAUUACCGGAUCAUGGAAAACGUUAAUAAGCGGGGCUAUGACAGCUGUGCGGGCUUCGUGCUGGAGGUGCUCUGCCAGGAGUGUUCACCAUAUGCAGCUCACCUGUUUGAUGCAGAGGAUCCCAGCACCCCACUCCGGACCAUCCCAGGCCUCUGUCCUGACUACUGCUCCCAGUUCUGGAAUGAAUGCCGCUCAAUCAUCCCCUUCCUGUCUGAUGAUCCACGUAUAUAUCAGGCCAGAAAUGACGAGAAUCGUUUCUGCAAGCUCCUGGAGAUGGAUGAUGGUGAUUAUUGCUACCCUCACCUGCUCAGUAGUCAGAAGCUUACCCAGAACCUAGGCCGGGUUGAGAUGGAUUCUGAUGGCUGUCUGCAGCUGUGUCUGGAAGAGGUGGCCAAUGGCCUGAGGAACCCACUUGCCAUGGUGCAUGCAAAUGAUGGCACCCACCGGUUUUUUGUAGGAGAGCAAGUGGGGCUGGUGUGGGCUUUUCUUCGGGACCGAUCCAAGCUGGAGAAGCCAUUCCUAAACAUCACCAAGGCGGUGCUGACAUCAUCAUGGGAAGGAGAUGAGAGGGGCUUCCUAGGAAUCACUUUCCAUCCCAAAUACAAGUACAAUGGCAAACUGUAUGUGUACUACUCAGUGGAGAUUGGCUUUGAUGAGAGAAUAAGGAUAAGUGAGUUCAGGGUUUCUGCCAAUGACAUGAAUCUGGUAGACCACACAUCAGAGCGUGUAAUUUUGGAGAUCGACGAGCCAGCAUCCAAUCACAACGGAGGGAUGCUGCUCUUUGGAGAUGACGGCUACCUGUACAUUUUCACAGGAGAUGGUGGAAUGGCAGGAGAUCCUUUUGGGAAGUAUGGGAAUGCCCAGAACAAGUCUGCUCUCCUGGGUAAAGUUCUUCGAAUUGAUGUGGACAACAAUGAGAGAGGCCCCCUGUAUAGAAUCCCCUCAGACAACCCAUUCAUACACGAGUACGGAGCACGCCCAGAGGUGUACGCUUAUGGCGUCCGUAACAUGUGGAGGUGCUCGGUGGACCGGGGCGAUCCACAGACCAAAGAGGGCAAGAGUCGAAUUUUCUGCGGGGACGUCGGCCAGAACAAAUACGAGGAAGUUGAUAUCAUCGAGAAAGGUCGGAACUAUGGCUGGAGAGCCAAAGAGGGAUUCUCCUGCUAUGAUAAGAAGCUGUGCACCAACAGUUCACUAAAUGAUGUGCCGCCUAUUUACGCCUACCCUCAUAAGAUGGGGAAGUCUGUGACAGGAGGAUACGUGUACCGUGGGUGUGAACAUCCCAACCUGAACGGCAUGUACAUAUUUGGAGACUUCAUGAGUGGGCGUCUGAUGAGCCUGAUGGAGGAUAACAACUCUGGAGAGUGGAAGUAUAAUGAAAUCUGCAUGGGAAUGGGCCAGACAUGUACCUUCCCUGGACUCAUCAACAACUACUAUCCGUACAUCAUCUCCUUUGCUGAGGAUGAAUCUGGUGAGCUGUACUUCAUGUCCACAGGAACACCGAGUGCCACGUCUCCUUCUGGUGUCAUUUAUAAAGUGGUGGAUCCAUCAAGACGUGCUCCACCAAGACAUUGCCACUACGACACUCUUCCUGUCAGAGUAAAAAGUAACGUCAUCCAAUUUGUUCCCCAGGAAACUUUGUUUGGAGUUGAAUUGCUAGCCAAAAACAAGCCGGAACCUGAACCCACAAAGACCUAUGAUUGGCUCCUGGAUCGUCUCAGUGAUAGAGGACAUGCCCUGACCACCCCUAUCCCGAUCAGAACCACCACCAGACCACCCCGGAGUUCAAAGAGGAAAGGGAGACAUCGGAAGGGAAAAACCAGAACUGGAAACAUAUCUGAGCUUCAGAAUGGAGCAGUGAGGCUCAUCAAGGACGAAUUCAUGCAAGGAGACCGUGGACGGGUGGAGAUCUACAUUCACGGGGAGUGGGGCACCGUGUGUGAUGACUUGUGGUCGAUGAAAAAUGCCGAGGUGGUCUGCCGACAGCUGGGAUUCCAGUACGCCCUAAAGGCAGCCAGAAAUUCUGAGUUUGGAGAAGGAAGGGAACUGCGUAUUCUCCUGGAUGAUGUUCAUUGCAAUGGCACUGAAUCCAACCUGUUGAACUGCACACAUGCUGGAGUGGGAAACCAUAACUGUGCCCACUAUGAAGAUGCUGGAGUGAUAUGUGGAAACACAAGACCUGUUGCAGAAGCCUCGAAGUCAGCAACAGGGAGGAAAGAGCCAAGUGGCCUGCAGCGAGAUAAAUCUUGAAAAUCAAAAUACCCUCUCACACAACAGGUCCUGAAAAUAUCCUACAAGGGAAGAAAUCCUAAUGAAGUCAUGAUAAAAUGCUUAAAAUUGAAAUUGCUAUUACUUCAGCACAAUAAAUUCCCAUCAAAAGUCAUCUCAAAGUUUUACAUAGAACAAAAUAUCCGAAUCCAAUUCAAAUUCAGUCAAACUCACUUCACCCAGAUCCAGUAAAAGUCCAGUUCAAUCCACCUUAGUUCCAGCAACAAUCCACUUCAGUCCAAAUAUGUGAUAGGUUAUAUUUGGGGUGUUAAUGAUUAUAAAAAGCUCUUGUUUUAUGUUUAAAAAGUUGUAGACCAAAAUAGAAAAAGUCAUAUUUAAUAGUAUCCAGUGUUUACAUGAAACCUACAAGAGAUGCAAACAGCACUGAUUGUUUUCUAGUGGUAAUGGAUUCAAAUAAAAUCACUGUCUAACACCAGCAGUAUGACCUCACUUAUAAUCGAUGUCAAUUAAAUGUAUAAAUGAAAGUCUACUUCAUAUUUUACUUCAUUGUGCUAUUGGUUUCUCUCAAAUUACUCCUAUUCCAGAUGUGUUUUGGUGCUCUUUGGUGAAUAGGGGUUGUGUAAAUAAUUUUCUUAUUGAUUUAAAUAAAAUAUUCUGGUCUUCAAGUCCUAUUCAUAAAAUCUAUUUUACACAUAUCCUGUCUUGGCAUUUCAGGCAUAGCUCUUGGAGAAGCUGGUUGCCUACAUGUUUCAUGGGAGCUUUGUUCUACAAAAAGGCCAACUGGUAGGGGUGCAACAGUACACAGAAAUUACAUUUCAGUACGUAUUUGGGUUUUGAUGUACCUUUUCGACAUGCUUUAUACAUUUAAUUAUUCGAUACUAAAACUAAGAUUUUUAUUUCUGAAAUUAAUUUUGGCAAUCAAUUUAAUUUUUUAUGCUCUAAAACCUAAAAAGUGGAAUAUUUAGAACUGACUGGAGAUUUGGUUAGAUUUCUGUUUUGAAAUUAAUACAGUAGUAUAACCAGACAUAGCCCUUGCCUGGAUAGAUAGAUAAUACAACAACAUAACCAGUUAAAAAUGGUCAGUGUUGAUGUUUUGAAAAUUUUAAAUAAGACUCUGUCUAUUUUGAGAAUAAAACAUGUUAAAAUCUCA